AGUUCCCCCAUUCGCAUAGAGCGAAACAAACAUGGCGAUAGACUCGAGUAAACGGGGGUUUACGCUAACUUUAUUCGUGUUUUCUUGUGUUUUUGCGGGCAGGCAGGCCCAGGAGGCGACGGCGGAGGCAAGACUCGGCCCCCGGAUACUCGGUAUGAGGUUGGAGAGGAGCGACACGCCGGCUGGGACUACGGAGAGAGGGGUUAUUCAGGUGACGGAGGGCAGCGACACCCUCUUCAGGUUCUAUGGGCUCCACUUGCGCCCAAACAGCUCUGCGCUCAUCAAGUUCAUGGAACUUUACUCCAGCGAUAAAGAGGAUGAUAACUCCGGCGCCAUCAUGCACACUUUUAAUAGGACUUGUCCCGAGCACACGAAGGAUAUAGAAGUGAAGGGUUCUAUGGUAGUAACCAACCAAAACACCUCCGGGGUGGUAAGCCUCCGGAUCAAGCAGCUCCGCAAGAGAGAAGCGGUGAAGGUGUUCGGCUUGUGCAUCCGCGACACCCAGGAGAAGGAGGAGACGUGGUACCUGCUGGACGAUGAGGACGGCAGGCUGCGGGUGGUGGAGGUGGCGAAGUCCUUGCUGCCCAUCUGGCUGCAGGUGAUCCUCAUCGCCUUCCUGCUGGUGUUGUCCGGCAUGUUCAGCGGUCUCAACCUGGGGCUGAUGGCACUGGACCCGAUGGAGCUCCGUAUCGUGCAGAGCUGCGGCACAGACAAGGAGAAGAAGUACGCGCGGAAGAUCGAGCCCAUCCGCAGGAAGGGAAACUACUUACUGUGCUCGCUGCUACUGGGAAACGUCCUGGUCAACACCACCCUCACUAUCCUCCUGGACGACCUCACCAAGUCCGGGAUUGGUGCUGUAGUCGCCUCCACAGUCGGCAUCGUAAUUUUCGGUGAGAUCGUCCCUCAGGCGCUGUGCUCCCGACACGGUCUGGCAGUCGGGGCGAACACCAUCAUGGUCACCAAGUUGUUCAUGCUGCUAACUUUCCCUCUGUCGUGGCCCAUCAGCAAGCUCCUGGACUGCGUGCUGGGCCAGGAGAUCGGCACCGUAUACAACCGGGAGAAGCUGGUGGAGAUGCUGAAGGUCACCGAGCCGUACAACGACCUGGUGAAAGAGGAGCUCAACAUGAUCCAGGGUGCGCUGGAGCUCAGGACCAAAACAGUGGAGGAUGUCAUGACACCUGUCGGCGACUGCUUCAUGAUCCACAGCGACACCGUGUUGGACUUCAACACCAUGUCUGAGAUCAUGGAGAGUGGAUACACGAGGAUACCUGUGUACGAGCACGAGCGCUCCAACAUCGUGGACAUCCUGUAUGUCAAGGACCUGGCCUUCGUGGACCCGGACGACUGCACCACACUCAAGACCAUCACCAAGUUUUACAACCACCCUGUGCACUUCGUCUUCCACGACACCAAGCUGGACUCCAUGCUGGAGGAGUUCAAGAAAGGAAAAUCCCACCUGGCCAUCGUCCAGAAGGUGAACAGCGAGGGGGAGGGAGAUCCCUUCUACCAGGUGUUGGGGUUGGUCACCCUCGAAGACGUCAUCGAAGAGAUAAUCAAAUCAGAGAUUCUGGAUGAAUCGGAUCUUUACACUGAUAACCGCAACAGGAAAAAAGUGGCACCCAAUAAAAACAAGAGAGACUUCUCCGCCUUCAAGCACGAGAGUGAAUCAAAAGUGAAGUGCUCUCCUCAGCUGCUGCUGGCCGCACAUCGCUUCCUGGCUACAGAGGUGAGCUUGUUCAGCCCGUCUCAGAUCUCAGACAAGGUGCUGCUGCGGAUCCUGCGCCACCCCGAUGUGAUCCAGGAGAUCAAGUUCAGCGACAGUGACAAGCGCUCGCUCCAUCACUACGUCUACCAGAGGGGCAAGCCCGUCGACUUCUUUGUUCUCAUCCUGCAGGGACGAGUGGAGGUGGAGGCCGGCAACGAGAACAUGAAGUUUGAGACCGGACCUUUCUCCUACUACGGAGUCAUGGCGCUCAAUGCUCCCACACUGGAGUUCCGUUCUCCGUCCCAUAUCAGCGGGUUGAACCGCACAUCCUCUCUGAGCGGAGCCGACCGGACGGAGUCGCUCUCCGUCAGCGGUAGCAACAGCCAGCUCAACAACAGCCUCCCAUCGCAGCAGUACGUGCCAGACUUCUACGUCCGUGCACUCACAGACCUGCAGUUUGUCAAGAUUACACGGUCCCAGUACCAGAAUGGCCUGAUGGCGUCCCGUCUGGACAGCACCCCCCAGUCCCCGGAGAGCGGCCACAACUCCAUUCGAAUGGAUCAGACCACCCCCCCAGCUGCGGCUGUCACCACCAUCACUGACCUGGGAGCAGACUCCACCCCGAUAGAGAACGGACCGGACGAGACGACGCUCCUCCUCCUCAACGAGCAGAACUCACCGCACACAGCCAACCACCACAGCCCCUUGGAAAACAGCAUUUGACACCCCCCGGCCCCCACCCCCUCUAUUCCCCUACGUUUCUACGCAUGCACUACUCAGCGAAUGUAUGCUGGGGAGGGGAGGAGCAUUUUUGUGUGUGUGUCGGUGUGUCGGUUUGUGUGUGUCUGUGUGUGUUGGUGUGUGUAGGAACGCAGACACACUCACAUAAAGAGACAAGCCAUGUGCAUGCAUAUUGUGUAAACAUGCAAGGAUUACACACACACACACUCACUUUAUCGUGGGAACAUUUACAUCAUACACACAAGCCUGACACUCAUCAAUGGUAGUGUCCGGUUCAUGGUUCAAAUGGUGUGUGUGUGUGUGUGUGUGUGUGUGUGUGUGUGUGUGUGUGUGUGUGUGUGUGUGUGUGUGUGUGUGUGUGUGUGUGUGUGUGUGUGUGUGUGUGUGUGUGUGUGUGUGUGUGUGUGUGUGUGUGUGUGUGUGUGUGCUCCUUAAAGUGUAUACUGACAGCAAACAUCUGAAGGACCUGCUCAAUCCAAAAGCUCCUCCCUCUUUUUUCCCAUCAACAUCACUCAGAGGCCUCGCCAAUCUGUGUGUGUUUUUAAACGUGUGUGUCCUGCUUCUCAUUCACUGUCCCUAAUCAGAGACUCAGGGAGACUCCGCCCUCCUCCUCACCCUUCCCCUUGCUGACGUACAUGCAAACCCACCGCCGCAUGUGUAGCAACCUGCAUCCCCCUCCUCAGCAUCCGUACAGCUAGAAGACCAAGACGACCCGAGCAUGUCAGCGCAGUUCAAUCAAAGUAAUAUAUGUUCCGUAGAAAUUUAAAGUGAGAUAUUUAUUGACAAACUAUGUGCAAGAUGGACACACAAGACUGUUCUUGGUGGGGGAGGUUUUUUUGGUGGAUUUCUAUAUAAUUCUUUUUUUCUUCUUCUUGUGUCCGGGAUAGAAGCAGCAAGUAGCCGAGAGCCUUUAUAUGCCAGAGUUGUCCAGAGAUUUAGCAGCAAUAGACAGCCAUGUAUCGUGAUCAAGACAAUCAAUAUGAUUAUUAUGAAUGUUCUGAAUUUAAUGUGUAGGGUACGUUAACUGUGCCCCUCCCUUGCUAGCAAACAUCCUCCCUUCUGUGCAUUGCUUUGUUUUAGUCUUUAGUAGUUUCACCGAUGAUUUCAAUAAGGUGGUAGAUGUUUGAGAGCACUUUGAGUCCUUUCUUACUUUAAUAAGAGAGGGGUGGUGUGUGUGUGUGUGUGUGUGUGUGUGUGUGUGUGUGUGUGUGUGUGUGUGUGUGUGUGUGUGUGUGUGUGUGUGUGUGUGUGUGUGUGUGUGUGUGUGUGUGUGUGUGUGUGUGUGUGUGUGUGUGUGUGUGUGUGUGUGUGUGUGUGUGUGUGUGUGUGUGUGUGUGUGUGUGUGUGUACGUGUGUGUGUGUGUGUGUGUGUGUACGUGUGUGACCAAAAUGCCAUCACCAGACUUGGUGGGAAUUGAAACCAAAAGAGGGAAGCGUGAUCACAUUCUGACUAGAAAAUACUUUAAGAAAUCAGAGACUUUAUUUAUUGAGUUCAAUGUGUGUGUACAUAUAUUAUUGUCAAUAAUGGGAGGACGAGAAUUGUGAUUUUUAUUUUUGCCUCAAUGUGAGAAUUUACAUGGUAAAUAUUUCUUCAGUGGUUAUGUAUGGGUUUCCCUUUUUUUUGUAAAUCAGAUCUGGGGGAAGGGUGGUCACUCUGAACAGCAGACCUUAACAUUUAUUGAUGUUUGCAUUUCUGUAGCUAAAACACACCUCACAGCCAAAGUACGGGAAACAACGUUGUAUAUUUCUUUUGAUUUUCACAAUGCCUGUUUUUCACAGAACUGCACACACUCCAGUUGUAUUUAACUGUACUUUCUGAGGAGAUUUUAAAGGAAAGGUCUUUCCUAAACCUCAUAAAUGUUGUGUCAUGUGACAGAUUUUUCUUUGAUUGAUUUCAAGAUUUUUUUAGUGACAUAAAACAUGAAAAUUGAACCAUAAAUCUUUUUUUGUUUUUAAAGCCAAAGAAAAAGGGCUGCUUUCUAGUCUUCUUAUUCCCUGAUUUUCAGCAUUCACACAACCAGACAUCGGUGGUGGAUUACAUAAACCAGAAUGCAAUGCAGAUACAUGUUUGUUUUUUCCCAUUGCAAUCACAGGUGAAUCCAACAACUUCCCAUCAGCUCUACUAAAUGUUGUUAAAGGAAUCCUGGGAAAUUUAGGACAUCAGGAGUAGAAAAUACAUGCUGAAGGGAAGUGGGUCCACCUUAAAGGUCACCUAUUUUCAUGAAAAGAUAUUCUCUCUCUUUUUGUCCUGAUCCAAUCUUAACAACUGUCUGAAAAUGAGCUGAUCAGAUUUUGCAACCUUGUGAUGUAACAACCGUCUUUUGGGGUGGACAACCAUUAUCCACAAGCCAAACUAGGUAACACCUGCCCACCUUAUCACCUGAAUCUCCUCCUAGAGCACCAUUGUGUUUUUUUUGACAAAACAUCUGGCAGAAGGGGGUGGCAAGCAGCAGCUCAUUAGCAUUUAAAGCUACAGACACAGAAUCAGCACUAAAAUGCACACUACAUAGACAUGUUUUGUAUAUAUAGGGGACCUUUAAACCAUUUAAAUGUCAUGCCUUAAAUUUCAAACUCACAGAUAAUCGUAAGCUGAAAAUGUCUGAGUUUGUGAAGAUGGCCUUUUUUUUUAUUGUGGUCGACAUCAUCCAUGUCCCUAUCAACAGGUUUCAAAGUCCCAAUUCCCACUACCUUAAAUCAACAAAUUAUGUAAAAUUCAGUGUUUGUACUGAAUAGUGGGUCCUCUUUUCAUUUGUCCGCUCUUCCUCUUCUGCAGCAAAUAUAGUUUUGUGGAUCUGAAACUAAAAGCCUAAUUAUGUUUUCAAAUGAAUUGGAAUGACUUGCUUUUUUCAGGUUUCCUCAUUUACGGGUAGCUCAAAUGUCACAAUUGUUUUUAAAACUGUAAUUUGAGUCAGUACAUUUCAGGCUACUCUUCUGAUGUCACCACACAAGACAUAUUUGAACUUUCAGGAGUAUAGCAUUUGAAGCAGGCAACCAGUUUCCGGGAAUAGCCAUGAUGGAUCAUUUUGAAAAUGAAAUAUUGUCCUUAAUGUCAUGUGUUUGAGAGGACUUUCUGCCAAAGGCACGAGCAGCUUUAUGGAUAAUAAGACAAGUUGUUUUGAUGUGCAUUGUGGCUCAUGCCAACGAUUUGUUUGCAAGUUGCAUUUAUUUGAGCAGACAUUGAUUCUUUGUCAGGAACAUUAGUUUAAUGAAUACACAAGCAGAUUGUUUAUCCUUAAUUGGAAAGGCUGUUAUAGACUUCCGUUUCAGUGUGGUGUCCAGUUUAUCCUCUAAUACAGAAUGGUACUGUCCAAUUCAUUUUUUUAUUUUAACUAGAAAAUGUUCACAAUUAGGAUAAUCAUAUUUCAAUGUAGGGUUCCACAACAAUAAAUUCACAGCAGACUGGAUUUUUAGCGACAUUAUUGGUUGAAUUCACACCCAGUUGGCAAAUGAUGGUCUAAAUAUGAAUAAGAACAAAAGCUAAAAUGCCCCUUCCCUAUGCACUUGAGAUUGUAGUAUUCAAAACAGUUGUGCUUCUUAACUAAUCAACUAUUUUGUGACCUCAUUAUUUUUGUGGUGUGUCUUAUGUUUAGUUCGUUUCGACAGAAUAAGGAAAAGCCAUGCAACAUUUUAAAUAAUUAAAAUUAAUUCUGAAUUGUCAAAUUUGAUUCAUUAUUAUCUAGUUAUAUAUCUUUCACCCCUGACAACUCUGUCUGUUAGACUAGAUACUAAAACUCAGUUUUAAGGUCAGAGGGUCAGCUUACCUAUAUGAAUAUCACUUAGGCUUAUCAUUUAUAAAGGGUCAACAUUUUUUUUAGAUAAAUCUGUAAAAUGUUAUCCCAAGAAAAAAUAUGUUUGGUGACCUUGAACAUGAUCAUUGUCUCUCUUAAUCUUUAAAUGUUUGCUGGCACCAAGCCAAGGUGUAAAUCCAACAUUUCCGCUCACUAUAUGGGUGUGAUUAGUUUCUGGUGCGCCCUGUGGAAAAAUGUAAAGAUUGGUUUCUCCUUAGGGAAAUAUUGCACAACAUUGGGCAGACUAUCUAUGAGGUCAUAAUAAUACCCUUUCCGACACCUUCUUAAUGACGUGUUAAAAAAGGUUACACCUUUUCCUUUUAAGUUUUUGAAGGGAAAACUUUGUGACACAAUCAAUUAGAAACGUAUGGACCGCUGAGGUCACAAAUGUGGAACUAAAGGCAUAUUGCUAUAUAAAUACUAACAAAGUAGUCCCCCUUUUUCAUAAAGACAUUCUUCAAUCUACAAGCAAAAUCGAAUUUUAUUUUGAAAAGUACUGAUGUUUAAUUCAUCAAGUGGAGUUUCUUCUGAAUGCCGGGCUCUGAUUUUGAUUGUUUCUUUUUAAAUGGGUUUUAAGAACUCCACAUGCGUUCGAUUCCCCAAUUUUGGGACUGGAAAGCCCGGACUGUUCUGUGAUAUAAAAAUGAAAGCACUUUAACAAAGGGAGCAGUAUUUUCCCCAAAAAAGCCAAAAAAUUGCCAAAGUUGUCGUCUCAUAGUUUCUGUCACAAUACUGUUACUGACCAGAAUUUCAUAAUCACCUCCAUCUCUGCUGACUCCAUGACAUGGCUCUUUGUUUUUAUUUUAUUUAGCUGUCAUGUUAGCGCAAAAGCAAAAAGCUUAAGCAGCUCUCUGGCUCACCGUUCUGUUGCCUUCACUAUCUUUGAAUAACUGUACUUUGAUUCCAUUCCUGAAUUCUUUUUGACAAACACAGACACACUCCCAAUUUGAACAACUUUUUAAUCAUUUUGUACAUUUUGGUCGCUAAGAUUGUGCCUGUUUUAAAUUGUAAUUGGUUGGGGUUAAUUAUGAGUGUUUGUUUAUAUGUGUGAAAGCCUGUGGAUCUAUUAUCUUUCUUCUUCUUCUUUUUUUUACCUCAGAACACUGUCAGUAAUUAUGGUUAACAACAAUCUUCUUUUUUGUAUUUGUCAUGAUCUGAAUUUGGGAACAGAGUGAAUGGAGCGACUGGUGUUUUGGGGGCAAUAAACUUAGUGUCCUUCAUUCUCUCUGGCAUGCUGUAACUUAACAAAAAAACAACAACAGAGAAACAAGAUGUAAAUACUGUUUUAUAAUUUCUGUCUUAAUGAGUUUUGAUGAUGAAGAAAGUUAUUAAUAAACUUGAGUUAUAUUUCUCUAUGGA